AUGCCUCACGCAACCGCUUCCGACAUCAUUGUACGCCCUCUUCCAUCCCGCCCAGGCUCCAAGUACACAAUCGGCGCCGAACUCCUCAACGCCAACCUCGAAUCCCUCACGCCCCACGACGAAGCCACCAUCAAGCACGCCCUCUACACCCACCAAGUCAUCCUCUUCAAAAACCAAUCCGCCCUCACGCCCUCCGCACAAUACGCCGUAACCCGCCUCUUCGACCCGGCCGCGACCUCCUACGGGCACGGCAAAACGCUCGACGCCAAGCGCUCCGUCCUGCACCCGGACCUCAAAACCAUCCCGCACCAGCCGCAGGUCCAGGUCAUCGGGAACGGAUUUGUGGAGGAGUUUGAAGGACUAAAGGAUAUCAAUCUGAAGCACCCACACCACAGGACGUUCCACAGGGAUGUCCUCAGCGACGAACUUGACCGUGACAACACGCGGUUCUAUAGGUGGCACAUCGACGCCGCGCUGUACGAUCUCGAGCCGCCGAUGGCGACGUCGCUGCUCGCAGUAGAGGUGCCCAAGACGGAGUGCCAGACACUCCGGUACGACGACGGGACGGGGGAUGAGAUGCGCGUGCCGCGAGGGAGCACGGUAUUCGUUAGCGGGGAGACGAUGUACGAUGUGCUCUCCGAGGAAGACAAAAAGUUCGCCCGCGAGACAAAAGUGCAAUAUGCGCCGCACCCGUAUAUCUGGAUGAGCGGCGCGCGGUCGCGGAGCACGGGGCUGGGCAUGGUGUGUGAGGGGCUGGAGCUGGAUGCUGCGCAGCUCCCGCCGGUGGAGGAGGACAAGAUCAAGAUCCUGCCCAUGUGCUGGAAAAACCCUGUUACGGGGAAAUUGGCGCUGCAGAUCCAUCCGAGUGCGGUGCAGAAGCUUGUGCUGAAGGAUGGCACUGUGGUGGAUGAUCUGGAGGAGGUGCGGAAGAUUGUCUAUAGGCUGCAGAGGCCGGGCAUUGCGCCGGAGCUGGUGUUCCCUAUUGACUGGGACGAGGGCGACUUUGCAAUCUUCAACAACAGGGGGGUGUUGCACUCUGUGACUGGAAGCUUUUUGCCAGAGGAAGUCCGCAUUUUCAGGCAGUGCAACAUGGCGGCUAGCCAACCGGUAGAGGGACCAGAAGAGUGUGCGUAA